UAAGUUUCAAACUUCCGUAACCUUAGUCCGUCACAAAAACAGCACAAAUAUUAUUCACCGAAGCAGUAGAAACUAAAAAACGUAGUGGGGGAACAAUCAAAGAAUUAUUUAAGUACGAUAGAAUAAGUUGGGGGCGUGCUACAUUCGUGCUACGUUCGACUCGAAGUGUUCAGCGUUCACCUGAAGCUCCUGAAACCUGAAACACAUCAUGCCUGUGACAGAAAGCAUCGGUCGGAGACAAUGUAUUCCAAUCCUUUAUACACGAGGAACUCAUUAUGAAGUAGGAUUUGAUAUUGGUCAUACUUUCGCUUCCCUUAUCCAGACAUUUUUGAAAUCGUACAGUUUCCUUCACGAAGAGUUUUUGCCAGCUUACAACACCUGUGAAGGUCGAAAAGCUUACGAAGACACCCUGGACAGUGUCAAAGCCAAUUUUCCUCAGUACGUUGACGAGAUCCAAGGAACAGCGGAUGGAGCGAAAGUACCUUUCCAUGAACUGUUUCUUCUUCACCUGGAUAAUAUAAUCCUGAAUUCUUUCCCUUCAAACGAACAGAAAAAGCAACCUACUGGAUGUUCGAGCAUUUGCGUGAAUCAUAAAGGACAGGAAAUUCUUGGACAUACCGAAGACGCUUUAACAGAGACCUUAAAUCACUUUUACUUGGUCUCGGCUCAUAUCAUAUCCGAUAAACCGCAAGGACGAUGGAACGUUACAGAGGAAAAAUUCACUUCUUUGUGUUAUGCUGGACAUUUGCCAGGCUAUACCAUGAGCUAUAAUCAUCAUGGUUUGGUCUUUUCCAUAAAUACAUUAUGUGCAAAAAACCUUAUACCUGGGAAGACACCCCGACAGUUCAUUACUAGAGCUCUACUAGCGGCUGAAAAUUACACCCAAGCUAUGCAAGUUUUGAAAGAUGAGGGUUGUGGAGCUGCUGAUGGGUGUUCCGUGAAUAUAACUUUUCUGGGUCAGGAAGGUGAGAGGAUUUUUCAUAACAUAGAAAUGGCUCCCACAGAAACUGCGAAUGAGUCGGAAUUGAGCGAAGUGACAGCGCGUCCGGGAGAGCAUCUAAUACACACCAAUUCUUACCUGAGAUUACCCAUCAAUACGGCGAACAUUGAAAUGCUGAGAAGUAGUGAAGAACGUAUGAUCACAUUACAAAAAUGUAAGGGUCCAAAGUGUGAAAACGACGUUAUUAAGAUGCUCGGGGACAACAGUAAUAAAGAAUAUCCAGUGUUCAGAGAUGCAGGUUUUGUGAGGACUAUCGCAGUCGGUAUUUUCGAUAUUGUGAAUAGAACCUGGAGUUUGUAUUCAGAUAAUCCGAAGAAAAAUGAGGUGUUGGCAGUUUUACCGAUCGUAUUAAAAAAUAAAUAGUGGUUAUUACUGUGAAUCAGUAGUUGCUGCAUAUAUGCAUUUUUUGCUGUUAUUAAAUUUUAGAUUACACGAACUCUAUGUUUAAAUAAAAUGUUUACACUGUAAAA